CCCACGCGCGUGGAAAUGCUUCAAGGCAUGCCAAAACACUUCCUCCACUAAAAGAAGAAAGAAACAAACAAUUGUUUCCGCUAAAAUUAGACAAUGGAACAAGAAAGUCAUAUACAACAAGGCUUGCCCUCGCAAACUACGAACGAUCUCUUUGACUACGAUGUCGGCUUGGAUGAGUUACUACAGCGCGCCCCAACCGCGUCAAGUAUAAAUGCACUCAGGCCAUCUACUGUACCAGGCGAUUCUGGGUUAGGUCUUGGGCUUGAUGAAGAAGUUAAGGUUACUAGGAAACGACAGCCAGUCGCUAAACUAGAUGAAACACGAUUACUGUCUCAAGCUGGGAUACCUAGGUUACGCCGCAUGGCCAAACAGAAUUUGAAGUUCAAAGGAAAAGGACAUGAGUUUUCUGAUGCGGCUCGCUUAUUACAGUUCUAUCAGUUGUGGCUUGAUGAUCUCUUCCCUCGUGCAAAGUUCGCCGAUGGACUAAUUAUCAUCGAAAAACUCGGCCACCAUAAACGCCUACAAUUUAUGCGCAGAGAAUGGAUAGAAGACGAGAAACCAAGAGCCCGGUUAGAUGACACAACACAAGAUUUACAAGCAGAUCGAUUGAGCUUGCCGAUUGCGGUUCCCACUAGAAGUCAUCAUGCUGUGGAUGCGCAUGUAUUUUCAUCUCAUAGCGUUGGCCAUGGCAAAGUCGAUGAGGAACCAUCGGCCGAACAAUUAGAUGCCCCUGCUCAGGGAUCGUUCAUGUCUCAUGAUGACAAUAGCCACCGUGCGAUCACACAAAACGUUCCUGAGGAUGGUGACGAAUUGGAAACCCUUUUAAGGGAGCAGCAGUGCGAUUAUGCUACAGAUAAGAAUCCCUCGACCUUUACUGAUCUGGACGCCGACGGAGAUGGAUUCGAGGUCAUGGAAGAAUUAAACAUCUUAACUCCGACAUGAACUGCGCCGUUCUGUAAUCAUCAAGCGACAAAACUGCACAUUCAGGUCCUAAUGAUAUUGAAUCUCU